GGCAGCACCUGCCUCGCGAUGUUCUGGGCUGCGUUCAGUCACAGUGGCGAAGGGCUCGGACGCAGGGAAAUGAAACGCACUUCAAAGUCGUGCAGAUUCAGUAUCUCGCUAAGCGGUGGACGCAGCUCGAUCCUCUGCAGCCGGUCCUUCUCCUCCUGCGUGACUUCCACUUCCACGAUUUCCACGGUGCUCCCAUCCACCGGCCCGAGACUCGAUAGCGAGAAUCUGAGAAGGGGGCAUCCAUGACAGGCAGGUGAGCACACUCACUGUUUCUCGGGAGGCAGGUUCGUGGUGAUGGCAUCGGGCGGGUGGAUCGGCUCGUAUUCUUUACUUUACGGUGUGUGAGGGAGGACCGUGGAACCAGGAGGUGGAUCGAGCUCACGUCGCGUCCUUGCCCGCGUAUUUCAGUAUGAUCUUGCUCCCUCCUACGCGUGGUUUGAGGUGCGGAAGACGGCGAACGAGGCAGAGAUGACAUCAUACCGGGAUGCUCUACAUGCCAACGGUCAGCGCGGGCCCGUGCAUGCAGUCACCAGAAACGGUCUCACCAUCGAGAAACUCCGUCACGUCAUACACUUGACCUGAAAGAUUUCCGUCGGCGCUGGACGGACAUAGAGACUCGGCGCGCGGCCGGAGGACGCACCAUGGACGAUGAUCCAGCAGCUCUCGCGCGUGUGGUGCUCGGCGACGACUUUGCCUGACAGUGGUGCGGGCAUCGGUGUGGGACGGAUGCAAGAGGGGCCGCCGGGUCUGGACUAACAUGUGGGCAUUGACAACCGCGGGGACGUGGGGCAAGUCACGAGAGCCGGUUAUGUUCUGCGGCCCGUCCCACCCGGGCAUACGGGCUGUGGGACUGCAUCAAUUUUGAAGUAAAGCUUUCGUGAGUUCCAUCACCGGCAGUCCGUCGAUCUAGACAGCAGCAGAGACACAUACCCACAUGUUGCAUCAGACCCAGUGUUGUUCAGAGGUUCGAGUCUCACGGGAACUCAGUUCAAGCGGCACCGAACCCAGCGGAACUCCAGCGGGAGUGGGCAGUUGUCCUGCGGCGGCCCAACGGAACACACGUAGCGGUGUGCGGAACUCCAGCGGGGCUCCAGCAGUCGCACCAAUGCGUGAUUGUGUCCCAGUGCGGCACUCCAGCGGAAGUCCAGCGGGUGCUGUAGUUGCACCGACAGGACCAACAGGCUCCAAACAUCUUACGAAAUAUCAUAGACGAGAACGGCUUUCGGACGAUCGGCAACGUAGCCGCUCACAAAGUCGAUCCGAUUCCUGACUUCCAGUCUUCAUGAUGAUCAGAAUGCAUAAACGAGAAAAAAAAAAGUAAAUUGGAU